AUGUUCGCCGCCGGGGAGUGGCUGCGGCAGGAGAUGGAGGAGAAGCGCGGUGGCCCCGGCGUCGACCCGCGGCGGCUCGUGGCCGGGAGGGUGCUCGCCGUCGCCAACCUCGCCUUCUGGGGCGCCAACCUGUUCGCCUUGCUCGUGCCCUUCUACCUGCCCAGGGCGCUCCAGAGGUACUACUGCGGCAGCGCCGACGACGGCCAGCCUCUCCUCCUCAUCCUCCUCCUGCUCGCCGCCUGCGCCCGGGCGGCGCUGCACGAGCGCGACGCGGCGGCGCUCCGGGACGUGCGCGCCAGCCUUCGCGACCUGCCGGGCUCCCGCUUCUUCGACUCCUGGGACGACGCCGCCGCCACCCCGUGCGCCUACGCCGGCGUCGUGUGCGCUCCCGACGAGUCGGACCCGUCCGGGGAACUCCUCCGCGUGUCCGUCCUCACCCUCGGCACCGGCCUCUCCGACUCGCCCGGCCUGGCGGGCACGCUCCCGGCAUCCCUCGCCAGCCUCACCGCGCUCACCGACCUCGUCCUCUACCCGGGCCGCGUCGGCGGGUCCAUCCCGCCCGACCUCGGCGCCGGCCUCCGCCGCCUCAGGCUGCUCUCGCUCUCCGGGAACCGGCUCACCGGCCCGGUCCCCGACUCCCUGGCCGGCCUGCCCGACCUGCACACGCUCGACCUCGGCAGCAACCGGCUCGACGGCGCCGUCCCCUCCGGCCUGCUCCUCCCGGCCUCGCCCAGCCUCAAGGUGCUCAUCCUCGCCAGCAACGCCGGCCUCUCCGGCCAGAUUCCCGCCCAGUUCUCCGCCUCCCAGCUCUUCCACGUCGACCUCAGCCGCUGCUCCAUCGCCGGCACGCUCCCUCCUCUCCCGCCCACCCUCCGUUACUUCUCCGUGGCCGCCAACUCCAUGGACGGCACCCUCGACGAUGCCUUCGCCACCACCAGCCAGGCCCCGGCCGACCUGGCCUUCCUCGACCUCUCCAUGAACGACUUCUCCGGCGCGAUCCCGCCGCAGCUCUUCGCGCUCCCGAGCGCCUCCUCGCUGCUCCUCUCCCGCAACAACUUCACGGGCGCCCUGUCUGUUCCGGCGACACCGGCCUCCGCGACGCCGCCGUGGGCCGUGGUGGACGUGAGCCACAACGCCAUCUCGGGCGAGGUGCCGGAGGCGCUGGCGGCGGCGGGGACCCUGUACGUCAACAACAACAAGAUCUCCGGGGAGGUGCCGGACGCGGUGGCGCGCAGCGUCUUCGCGGGGCGGAUGACCACCUUCUACGCGCAGCACAACUUCCUCACGGGGUUUCCCGUGCCGGCGCGGCCGCUCCCGGACUCCGCCGCGCUCUGCCUCUCGUACAACUGCAUGGACCUGCCGUCCGCCUCCGCCGCCGACGGCUGCCCCACCAUCGGCGGGCCCCUCGAGGCCAGGCCCGCCGACCAGUGCCGGAGCGGCGGAGGGUGA